AUGGCAGAGCUUCGGUCGGCCCUUGCCGCGAGGCAACGGAAGGGCGAAGAAGAUAGAGUCUUUGAGGGCUACGGAAAACGAAAGUUCACAUUCAAAGAAGGCAAGAGGGGCGCAAACGUUGACCCAGAGAAAGUCCUACACUUGAUACAAGUGAAGGGCGUGGAGUCCCCAACAGAACCACUGGACAUUCAGAGCGAGCAAGAGGAGCGUCAGCACUGCGAUCCGGAAGAGCAUCACCAACCAUCAGAGCAGCAGCACAAGCAGCAACACCAGGAACAGCAGCAACAGAAUGGGGGGCAUGGAGCAGGCACUCCAGUUUCAUCGAAGCACGGAGCUUGCUCCCAUACACCAUCGCCGAAGAAGCAACUUAUUCUUGCUCACCGGCAUGACUGGGCAAGUCAGUUCCCCCUGCACUUUGCAAAGGACCAGAAAAGUCCAGAGGUGCAGGCAAAGGCAAGGGAGUUUGAGGGGACCCUCAAUCUCCCUAUGCAGGUUGCCUUGCGCAUUGCUCUUGUGUACCAGUUUAAAGAAGAUGGAAUUGGGGAAAGGAUUGCAAACGUGUAUUUGGAAGCUAUCAAAAGGCUGAGAGCAGGCGUGAAGUGUUCGAAGUUGUGCCACAGCUCUUUGAAAGUCAAGCGCAAGAUGCUACGGCUGCACUACCCCGAAGCAGCCUUGUCCCUCAAGACUUUGGGGAUUGCCGGUUUCUUUUCCGGUUCCACCCGCAUUGACUUCCACACGGUUAAGGAUCUGUACAUUGGCACACGACAUUCCGUGGAAUUCAGAGAAGUCAACGCCAAGAUUAAACCCUUGGGCCAGAUGCUGCAAGAGAGCCGCUGCUGCGUGCUCUCCACCACCUUCCGGACAUAUUCGUUGUUGAUGGACCGCCCCGCCGAUUUAGCUGCUCUCUGCGCCGUCGUUGACGUCUCCACAGGCCGCCACGGCCCAGCAGUGUGGGGCUCAGGAGGCGUCACUGAUGCGGUGUUCGCUACUGGACUCCAGGCGAGGCGCAUCAACUGA